UGUGCGUGUGCGUGUUUUCCUUGGUGCGUAAAUUCGAAACGUCUUAAAGUUGCGAUACUCGGGUGAUAUAAAAGCCCGAUGAGUAUUAAACGUGCGAUGGUUUGAAUGAGUUUGCCGAAGUGAAGAAAUCGCGCGUGCGAAUUGUGCGCCUAUCGAUGUAAUUGAGAAGAUUCGGAUGCAUAGCGAGAUUGUGCGGAGGUGUCCAUCGAAUCCACAUAAGAAGGACUAAUAUGUCGCGUGGCUCCCAGCUACGAUUCCCGUGUCCUGUUGAAGAUACCGACGGGCCGAAAGAUGGAAGAUGAGGCGGAUAUUAGGGAGCAGAUAUUCCAUAAUACCGUACGCGAGUACAUUAUCUUCCUACUUCUCUUCCUCAUUCUGUACAUAUCAAGUUACGCGCUUAUCGCGCGCUUCCGCUGGAGGGGCGGCGAGGACUACCUAACAACCGACGAAGAUGAGGCGACCGUCUAUAGGAUCAGCCUCUGGCUGUGUGCCGUCGGCCUGGCCGUGUCAAUUGGUGCGGCUCUCCUGCUCCCGGUCUCCAUCGCCAGUAAUGAAGUCCUCAUCCUCUAUCCCAACAGCUUUUACGUAAAAUGGCUCAACAGCUCUCUCAUACAAGGAUUAUGGAAUCUCAUAUUUCUUUUUUCAAAUCUUUCGUUAUUCGUAUUUUUGCCAUUCGCAUAUCUUUUCACCGAAUCUGAGGGUUUCGUUGGUCAUAGGAAAGGUAUCAUGGCCAGAGUCUACGAAACCGUUACAGUAUUAUGCUUAUUAGGUGUGAUGGUUUUAGGUAUGACAUAUAUAUUAUCAGCAAUUCUGGAUCGUCAAAAAUCGAGUCUUCAUACACUACUCAAUUUAUGGAGUUAUUAUUUACCUUUUUUAUAUUCCUGUGUGUCUUUCGUUGGCGUUGUUUUGCUUCUACUUUGUACACCAGUAGGAUUUGUUAGACUCUUUGGUGUAGUCGGAUCAUUCCUUGUAAAACCUCAGUUUCUGAAAAAUUUGGACGAGGAAUUUUUCGCAUAUAGAUUAGAAGAGGAAUGUAUCAAGCGAAGAUUGGAACAUGCCAAAGCUACGGGCAAGUCGUACGUGUCACCGGUGCCGAUGUCACCUUCGAGCUGCAGCAACAUUGCACCCGACGACGAUGACGAGGAGUCCCUCUGCCCGAAUCCAGGCCUCAUGUGUUUGCGUAAUGGAGCCUUGCAGCGCGGACUCGCCCAACGGCUCGAGGACAUUCAGAGGCGGCGACACAUCCUUGACGAGCAGCGGCGCACCUGGUGGGUGCGCAGGACGCUCCUUUAUCCAACGGCGAUGCUCGCCCUCCUCGUCCUCUCUACUGCCACGGCUCUCCUUGCCGUACAGAAUACGUUACAGUUGCUCGUCGGCAUUAAGGCCCUGCCGCUCAGCACGCGACAAUUUACACUGGGCAUCAGUUCGUUGUCGAAACUCGGUCCAAUCGGGGCAGCGAUCGAGGUGGCUGUGAUUCUCUACUUGGCGGUGACGAGCGCCGUCGGACUUUAUACGCUGCCGGGCGUCAAAAGGGUCCGUCCACGUCUUCAUUCCACUCCAUUCACCCAUAUCAUCGCCAAUUGUGCUCUGCUGCUCGUACUCAGCUCGGCACUACCGCUUCUCUCGCGCAUCCUAGGUAUGACAAAUUUUGACCUGCUCGGUGACUUCGGCCGUAUCGAGUGGCUCGGCAACUUUAAGCUUGUGUUCCUCUACAAUCUAAUCUUCGCCGCGGCCACGAUCGGCUGCCUCGCCACCAAAGUCACAGCCACCGUGCGCAAGGAGAUCUACGCGAGACUAAGUAGUAGUGUCCUUGGGAUCUUUAGGAGGAACACAAGAUGGAGCGCUGCAGCCGCGAAUUUAAUAUCUAAGGAUGACUAGACUGAUUGUUACUCGUGUAUAUGUACGAACGCCCGUAUUGUUGUUGUUGUUAUUUUUUCUCAUCUCGUUUUUUGUAUGAAGUGCUGAGAUUGAGUAGUGAGCACGAUUGAGUUUGAAAAUUAGAAUGAUGCGACAAAUAUCAUUAACUAUACGUUUCACGAUAAUUUCGUUUUUACAUUGACUUUAGGAAGUUUGCUUGGUAAUGUCUGGGAUUGUAGCGUCGACCAUUUUAACCAUACUGAUGUUGACAAAUAUUAUAAAGGCUCUCCCUAUCCAAUAAUUAAUAUAUGUAAAUAUAUACCUGUAUGUAUACACAAGUUAGAGGAAUGUUGAAAAUGAAAUUUUCUAAAUUAGCCCGCGUUAUUUAAUGACAAGAAAAUUAGAAAAAUUAUUAUUUAUUCUCCUGAUAUGCCUAAAAUA